ACACCGCAGCCGGAAAACACACUGAACAAAUUGAUUUUUACAUUACAGUUCUUUUCUCUCUCGUAUUGAUUCUGUUUUGCAUUAGCCUCUCGGUAAAUAGAUAUUAGAGUAAUUGUAGGAGUCUGUCAAUGCAUACUAGUACAAGCCCAGCAUAAAAAAAUACGUCAACAACAAAGAAACGGUAGAAGAUAUUUUCUAGGACUGGAGGGGAGACAGACUGACCGCUUUUAGACAUGCUUGGGUGAAUUGCCUACUGUACGUCUGGACAUUACGCCGUGUUAAGUUUUUAUUUCCAGCAAAAUAAUCUUGGUCUGUUACUAGAGUGAUAAUUUGGUGAUCUCAUUCAACAUUGUUGUAGAAGACCACUGUGGCUGUAUUGUAGGUGGGGUCGCAACUAUAGGGGCUACAGCGCAGAGCGCAGCUCUUGCCAGCUUUCACCAUUUGUCGGAGCGCGUCACUCCAUACAGAUGUUCACAGUGUGAGUCUACUGUACAUAGUACACUGGAGCUGCGCCGUGGAGGAUACGGGAAUUAUUUAAAGCAUAAAUAACUCAAAGACUCAAGUCAAACCAGUCGAACAGAUCGAAAAACAACCCGGACUCAAGCGGAGAGACGGAAACUGCGCUAUCCGUUUUGGACAAACAAACGAGCACCCAUCGCAACUGGAUAUGGCUUUGAAAUUACCUUUCCCGUCACUCGGGUGUUCACAGCCAUAUAAUGAACUUUAAGGCAAACUUUUUUUCCCAAAGAAAACGGAAAGCUGUUUCUUUAGGAAGUCGCCAUGGUCGAAGAGGCUAACCAUACCGCCGCUUCCAAUUCAACUACGACGAUCGAACAGGGAAUGGCCAUCCCCGCUUUCAUGUUCGCGAUGGGAGUCGUGGGGAAUAUCAUCGCCAUAGCUGUGCUUUCGAAAUCCAAGCAGGAGCGCAAGGAGUCCGCCUUCUACUCGCUGGUGUGCGGCCUGGCCGUGACUGACCUGCUAGGUACGUGUCUCGCCAGCCCAAUUACUAUAGUGACCUAUCUCGAGGAGAAGUGGCCGGGUGGACAGGCUCUGUGUCAGUUCCACUCCUUUCUUCUGCUCUUCUUUGGAGUGUCCGGUCUGGGCAUUAUCUGCGCCAUGUCCGUGGAGCGCUACCUCGCUAUCAACCACCCUUACUCUUACCAAAGGUGGUCUAUUGACCAGCAGGCAGCGCGCUGGUCCCUGUUCGCCAUUUACCUGGGGAACAUCGUCUUCUGCUCUUUGCCCAUGAUGGGGCUCAGCAGAAGCGUCUUGCAGUACCCCGAGACGUGGUGUUUUAUCGACUGGAGGACUACGUCCUCGCCCCACGCGUUCUACUCCUUCCUGUACGCCGGCGUGAGCUCCCUGCUCAUCCUUGUGACCGUCGCCUGCAACGUCGCGGUGUGCGGGGCUCUGCUGGUCAUGAGGCGGCGGACGCGGGGUAGACUCGUCGCUACAGACAGUCUGAGGACCAGAUGGACUGCACGCACCUCCGGAGCCGAAAUUCAGAUGAUGCUUCUUCUCAUAGCCACAUCGAUAGUCGUGUUAGUGUGCUCCACGCCCCUGGUGGUGCGGAUCUUUAUCAACCAGAUAGCACGGCCGGAGGCGAUAAAGGACCAGAACACCAAUCCCGACUUGAAGGCCAUCCGCAUCGCCUCGGUCAACCCCAUUCUCGACCCCUGGGUCUACAUCUUGCUGAGGCGGACAGUGUUUCACGGGAUUCUGGCUCUUUUCAAAAGACUCUGCCGCGGCCGCACCAACUCGGUCGUGCCGGGGCAGCAGCAAGCAGUGCGCUACCUGUUGGCCGUGGACAAACACGGCGCCACCGAGUCGACGGCGCAGCGCCCUCCGGUGCCGGGUAACCACGCCGCCUCUUCCUCCGGCCCCGCUGCCGCCGAGGAGCCGAAACGAGAACCGGGGGCCGCGUCCCCGCUGGAGACUCAGGACCCCGUUAAGGUGGAGGAGAGCCACGCAGAGCCCGCAAAACAGAGCCCUUUGUCGGCGUCUGUGGCCGGUCAACAGACGACCGUACUGGAGAACGGAUAUAAAUUGAGAUAGGAAACAAAUGUAAUUAAGCAUCUUUAUUUACAAAAGCAGCUUAAAGGCCAUUUAUUACCUUCCGAGGGUUGAAGUGGAUAAAAAAACACUAUAGGAAAUCCAAACGGUACAUUUAAUGAAAUUACGCACCGCCUUCAGGUGUUCAAAGACAUUAGUGCUCAGUUUGUGUUUAAGUGUAAUGUUAUCGCUCUCCAUUCUGUUGCUACUAAACGUUGCACAAAGAAACGUGGACCUGCUGUAUCAAUAUAUGUGUUUCACUGGACAGGAAACCUGAUGUAUUUUUUUCUUGUUUAGUUGCAGUGUUACUGUGCCAAAACACAUUUCUUUAACCUACAGGGGAAUGCACUGUGAAACUAUAACGACCCUCCUGUCAACUUGAAUCUCGGCACCAGAACGUCCAAGUUGCUUUUACGUGAUGUUCUGGCACCAGCAAAGAAAGGUUAAACAAGAUCAAAUCUUCAACGUGGAAUUUCAUUUUAAAAAUCCGCCAAUAAGAAAAAACGGGAAAGUAAAAAUGCGCGGUAACCUACGAAAGGCAGAUUGCUGGUUUACUUUAAUGGCGACUUUGUGAAGAAAACGAUUUUUUAUCCCUUGUGCAAGAGUGGUACAAAGGACUGCUCUUAAUUGGGUUUUUAGCUUUGUCAGUUAUUGAAAAUGUUUAUUCUAAAUGCAGUUGUAAGAAAGAAACUAAUGUGGACAGAAGUUUAGUUUGUCACUGCACCGAUCUAAAACUCCAAAUCGGGUCAUUUAAGACAUUUUCUACAGAAGGUGGAUACAAAUAGCCUAUCAGAAAGUAAAGUGGUGUCUAGGAUAUAUGCUUUCAAAUGUUGUUAACCGAGUCAAAGUGUUGGGUUUAUCCGAGCCCAACCUAUGAGCCGGUGUUGUCCCGUCCUGAUGCUACAGGCUGAUGUGUUGGUAGGUUUUCAUGCCAGCUCAUCUGUUGCCAGGCUUAAUUGGCUGGUUUUAGAACAACUGGACUAAGAUAAUAGCUUCUCCCGUCUCUCCAGGUGCUGCUGUUUUAAAGAAACAUAGAAAACCUGCAACCAAACCAGGACUGGACACCCCUGCUGCUCUAAACGGCAUUCACAAAUAGGCAUAUCAAAGUACUUUGUUAGCAGCUAAGAAUCAUGCUAAACCAAACUUUGAAGACGUAAACCUACAUCAUCAGAAUACAAGUGCAAUUUUACGCUUAUUUAGAGACAUUUUAUGCAAAAUCAGUGUAAAGGAACUACUGUACAUACCUAAGUAUUCUGGCCAAGAUGUGUGUUGUACCGCUAAGCACAUGGUUUAUCACAGACAGUACUGAAGAUAUAUUAUUUAAUUUCCUAAUUUAAACCAAAUGAUCUUUAUUGGAUUAAUUUUACACUCAUCCUAGUCAUUCUAGGGGUAGAAGAUUGAAUAUCUGGGGGACCUAAUUUCCUCUGGUUUUCGUUCAACCUGAAUUGUCAAUUAAACAAUUAACCUUACUCUCACAUCCUUUGUGUCUAAGGUCAUUUACAGUUGAGAAGUCCAGAUUUCACUUCAUUAAAAGUGCAGAUUUAAUGAAGAUAAUACAUUAACAAGUAUAAAACUAAAUAAGACCUAUAAGGAAUAAGGAAUAAGACUCAAUUUCCUAAAGGUUGUGGUGUCUUCUGUUUUUGUACACCCUGACUCAGUUGCAUGGUGGUGUAAUAACUUAAUGAACUGUAUAUUGUAUUUAUAUCAUAUUUAUUUCUAGCCUGUGUCCAAAGUGUUUUAGUAUCUUAUAAAUAACUGUACGUUUGACAAAGUGAAUGUUUCCACUUAUAAACUGUAAAAGGCUUUAAGGAACCUCCUUGUGUCCAAGUGAGAAAAGGUUUGCUGUUAAUUGACAGCCUGCACUGGAACACAACGCAGAAGACAUGAGGCCCUGCAGAAACUGGGUUCGACACCCCUGGUCCACGGUCUCUCAUCUUCCCCAGUAGUCACAGACUGGGAAUUACAGCGACGGGACUUUGAAACGCUUCUCUAUUAACAUUAAACCCCGUGAGGAAGGAAUAAACGAAGUUGGUGAAAUACCUUCAGAGCAAGGCGACGGGCGCUGUCGUUCUCGUCUGUCCCGUUUCCCUGCGGCCGCCGUGAGCACACCGGGGUGCGGGCAGGACCCAGACUAGCUCAGGGGCAGCCUGUUGGCUGGCUUCUUGACUUCCAGAAUUCCAGGGACGGAUCAGGCUGUUGUCCAGGUGUUCCCGUGAGCUGGCCCGGUGGAGGUGCCCGAGAAUGCCCAGUUCCAUGGCCAUCGUACCCCCACACCACGGAGCGAUUCAGGAACGCUAGGUGCCCACCCAGCCACCCCACCACUCCCAUCUGUUAGCUCUUGCAUGUCGUGUGACCACUGUACCUCUGGACACCGGUCAUUCAGAUACUCCCUCUUAUCAUGGCAACCGUGGUUUUGAGCUAGGACAGUUGUCCAUGCUGGGUCCCUGGGGACAUUGACUACCUUUGGCUGAGAAAUUUACUGCCGGCCCACUGCCCUGCAAGCAGUCUGAAAUAAAUCUGUGUCUUUAGAUACACAUACUGUACCCAAGGUGCCUUCUCAGCUAGGGAGAAAUCCAUUGCUCUUCAAGAAAUAAUGGAAUUUGUGGGGAGUGGGGUUGUAAGGUUGAGUUUUUAUCUAGAUGAUCAAUCUGACCAGUCAAUUCUUAAAGGAAGCCGGGGUAUCAUCCUCAACCAUGUGGCUGAGUAGCUUGUUGCAGACUCCUACAACCCUUUGUGAAAAGUAACAUCUCCAGUGCCAUCCCAUGUGAACUUUCACCAGCUUCCACUAGUAAACACCAGCUGUUCUGGUUCGGGUUUUACUGUUGAUCUUUGAAGUACAUUGGAUUGACUCUGUCAAUAUUUGAAAUCUGCAUUUAGAUACUGUAGUUGGGUCCUGCUUUAGUCCCUUGUUCAAGACUAAGGAGAUGUUUCUUCUUCUAAGCUGUGCAUGUAACAUUUCAUGCAGUGUAUACCUUUAACAAGGCCUGUCUACUAACAAGCGGGAAACUCUAAGAGGAGUUUGAAGUUCCACUAAGAAAGAUUAAGAAAAAAAAUCUGCACAAAACUGUGAACUCUUUUUG